CUGACCUAGUGGGACUUUUAUUUUGAAACCGGAAGCGCUGUGUUUAUCUUCCUGGAGUGAUACUUGUAGACACACGUGGAUAAUAAGAGCUCAGCAAAACAGGACAUUAAUAACAACUUGAUCUUCAGAACCACAGAAACCGAGAUGAAGGGGAAAGAGAAGCAGCUGCGGGAGCUUGCAGUCUCAAAGAAGAAGAAUACGGCGGCGAGCAGCAGCGAUGAUGAAGACUCUGACGUAGAGAGGAACUUUGCCCUGCUCACUGAGAGAGGAGGAGUUGAGGGGGGAGAGCCGUACCAUGGAGGAGAGGAAGAGGACAGUGAUGAUGACGAAGAAGGGUCUGAUGGUGGUACUGAAGAAGAAGGAGGCGAGGAGGGAUCAGAUGUUGGUGAGGAAGUGUCUGAUGGUGGCGAGGUUGAGGGGGAGGUUGAGGGUGAUGAAGAGGAGGACGGAGACAGUGAAGCCUCUGAGGAUGAGGCUGAUGAAGAGCCAGAGGAGGCUGGUGGUAGCGGUGAGAUCAACACAAGAGACGACAUUAAGAAAGAACUCUCCAACAUGUCUUUUGAAGACAUCAUGAAGCUGCAGAACAAAGUGGGAACCAAAGUUUACAACGAGGUUGCAUACGGAAGCAACAAGAGUCAAGUGACCGGCAAAAAGAAACGACUGAACAAGAACAGGCCGAUGGAGAUUUCAGCCAAGAAACCAGCUCCGUUCCUCCGUAAGGUCAUCUCCGUCAGGAAACCAACGUCGAGAGAUCCUCGAUUUGACGACCUGUCUGGAGAAUACAAACCUGAGAUUUUUGAGAAGACGUAUAAAUUCAUUAACGACAUCAAACACAAUGAGAAAGAGAUCAUCGAGAAGAAGCUGAAGAAGACGAAGAAUAACGACACAAAGGAGAAACUGCAGUUCCUUCUGAAGAGGAUGGAGAACCAGGAGCGAGCGAGGAAGAACAGAGAGCAGCAGAGAGAGAGAGAGCUGCAGUUCAAGAGGCAGCAGAGAGAGCGAGCCAAUCAGGGCGCAAAACCAUUCUUCAUCAAGAACUCUGAGAAAAAGAAGCUGCAGCUUGCUGAAAAAUACCAGGAGCUGAAGAAGAGCGGCAAACUGGACAACUUCUUGAGCAAGAAGAGGAAGAGGAACGCUGGGAAGGACCGCAGGAAGCUGCCCAAACAGCUGCAGGACAACAACAUUUAGUGAUGCACAAACACCUGAAGAAGAAACCUGCUGAGAGACCGGUUGGAAAUAAAAAAGACUGUAAUGAGCCGUCUCAGCCUGCUGGUGGAGCUGUGGUUCAUGGUGUUGGAUGAAAGACGGACUUCCUCGCUGGUGACACAUUUAUUUCACUGUCAAAGCUACGUUAUCCUCCAUUGGAAAAUAUCUUUGGUGCAUUCAAUGAUGCUCGGACACGCGUAACAGUAAAGUGUGGAAUCUGGGUUGUUUCUGCAAACAAAAACUGAAAUCUCAGUCGUAGGAGAGUCGUUUAAAAUAAUUAAACAUCCACCGAGAUGUAGCUUUUAUCAGAAGAAAUUCACUGAACUAACUGUUGCCUAGAAGAAAGAAUCUGAUGGUUGUUUCCCUGCAGAUAGAUAUCUGUUUGUGCUGUGAGCAAGUAGAUAUUAUAUCAAUUUGUCUGUUUGAUUUCCUAGUCUUUCAACGAAUUUCCAAGUUAGAAUAUCAGUUGAGUGCCCAGUCGUCACAGCUGUCCAGAUGUCAUGUGAUCACUGGAAACAUCUGCUUCACCUCAGAAGCUCUAAUUUUAUGUUUUUUUUAAAUAAAAGUGUAUGUGUAUGUUGUG